AAUCACCCUCGUUAAUGGUGGAUAAGACUUAAGAGGAUAACUUUGCUAUGAGAAAGAACAAACAAACAAAAUUGAGUGUUUCGGUGAUGGUGUGUCGUCUCCAGUCUCCACCGUGUCACGAGCAGGAGAUUCCAAUUCUGUCUUCUCUCUGUCCAGAUUCAUUUUCUCUCACAAUAAUGGAGGAUGCCAUGUGUGCGUCACAUACAUGACAGAUCAAAAGGUCCCCAUCGUUUACUCCAUAUCUUCUCCUUCUUCUGCCGCUGCUAACAUUCUUUAACUAAUUCACUACUUCAAUUAAACCCUAACUUCAAUUUCCAACACUUGUUUCUUCUUUCCUUGCUUGGUGCUCCGGUAAUGAUGACUCAACUCUUCAGAUCUAAGUCUUGUAGACUUGGAGGGGGGAUGAUGGUUUUGAACUACUCUCCCCCGAGUCCCUCUCUAUAUCUCACUAAUGAUGAAGACGAAGAAUAUGAAGAGGAAGAGGAGUUCGAAGAUGACGACGAUGAGGAAGAAGAAGAUGAGUAUUUUAUGAAUCCCAUUUCAACUCCAUUGAUUGUUACGGCGGGAAGGAGAGAGCGGAGUACGAAUAGGAAAGAUCAGCAUCACCAGUUCCCAAUUUUGGCGAUUCUGGUUGCGGCUCUGAGGAAGUCGCUGGUUACCUGUACUGUAGACAGGCAAGAUAUUAGUUCCAUGGAUAUCAGUUGGCCGACUGAUUUCCGCCAUGUCUCCCAUGUUACCUUCGAUCGCUUCAACGGUUUUCUUGGUUUGCCUGUUGAGUUCGAGCCCGAAGUUCCCAGGAGGGUUCCCAGUGCCAGUGCAAGUGUAUUUGGAGUUUCUGCAGAGUCUAUGCAAUGUUCCUAUGAUCACAGGGGAAACAGCAUACCAACAAUUCUUCUCAUGAUGCAAAGGCGCAUGUAUUUGGAAGGAGGCCUUCAAGCAGAAGGAAUAUUCCGAAUCAAUGCGGAUAAUAGCCAUGAGGAGUAUGUCCGGGACCAGCUAAACCAGGGUGUUGUUGCCCAUGGAAUUGAUGUGCAUUGUUUGGCAGGUUUGAUAAAGGCAUGGUUUAGAGAACUCCCUACAGGGGUACUUGACUCUCUUACACCAGAUCAGGUAAUGCACUGCAACACGGAAGAAGAUUGCGCUCAACUUGUAAGAUUACUGCCUCCAACAGAGGCUGCAUUGCUCGAUUGGGCCAUCAAUCUGAUGUCAGAUGUCGUGCAGUAUGAACAUCUGAACAAGAUGAAUGCCCGCAACAUAGCUAUGGUUUUUGCACCCAAUAUGACUCAGAUGGCAGAUCCUUUAACUGCACUGAUCCAUGCAGUUCAAGUGAUGAACUUUCUGAAGACUCUGAUCCUGAAAAACCUUCGUGAGAGAGAAGAAUCAGCUGAUGAGGCUAGAUUAUCAUCAUCUUCAUGCUCUCCAGACAAUAAAGAUGAACCGCCGUCACCAAUGCUAAACAGGGAAACUAUUGCAACAACUGGUGUUUGUGAUGGAACCGUUGUCUCACCUAACAUUCUCAGAAGCCCCAGCAAUGGUGAAUCGGGAAAUGAUACUGAGGAGAGGUUGUGGAGCUUUACCAAGAGCAAAGCUGAUCUGGAACCUGAAUCUACUUCCUGGAAUGACACAGAUGUGAAGUGCAACAUUGGUUCUGUAGGAAAUGACUGUAGAGGUGAUUACAGUGGUAGGGAAGUUGAGGGGUUCUUGGAUAGACUGAGCUUGAGAAAAGGAGUGAAAAAGCUCUGCAGUCACCCGGUCUUUCAGUUGAGUAAGCCGGUCAAAAAGCCUGAAAAUCUUGGCAUUGUAAAUAGUAGGGGAAGGGGUGGAGAGGCUUGGGCACAAGAUGGUUGCUUGAGUCCGGGCAUGUAACUCUGUAUGCGUGUAUUGAGUUGUGGCCUUAAUGUUUGUGGAAUAUUUUAUGUUGACCUCGUCCUAAAUAGGACUUAGCUGUGUUUGGCAUGCAUUCUUGGAAUAAAUUCUGAUUCAAUAA